GCCCUGCGUCCUCCGGCACCCAGAGCUGAGGAGAGGCGCGCGUGCGCGCGCGCGGCGGCGACGGCGGCGGCGCCGGCGACAGCAGCCCAGCUGGACCGGGACCGGGCAGCGGGAAGCUGACGUACGAAGCAACGUGAGUGAGGCGCGAGGGCGGCACCCGAGCCCGGGAAGCCCGGCUCGGCGCGAACCGCGGCGGACCAGACCCAGGUCCAGGCUUCCGAGGCCCCGCCUCUCGGGCUUUGGGACUAAUCGGAUUGAGAGCGCGCCGGCCCGGGCCGCGAACUCGCCAAUUGCGGAGGGCGUCGGCCACCGCCCAAUCCGAAGCAGACAGGUGCGAGGUCCGGAAGGCGGAGACCAAUCAGCAGCGGUUGCGGCCUGUUGGGGCCGGUCUCGGCCAAUGAGAAGGCCCGAGUGACAUCUCCGCACGCCAAUCGGGAGUGAAGGAGCGUUCGUGCCCGCCCGCCCUUCCGGCCUGAGCUCUAUUUACCAAGGGCGUGCUGCCGGCUUGCCAAUCAGAGCGCGGCUGAGCGGCCAGGCAGCCAACCCGGGAGGAGCGGCCGGCCGGCGUCUGCCGCACCCAGGAGUUGGGGAUGUCCUACAAACCCAUCGCCCCCGCCCCCAGCAGCACCCCCGGCUCCAGCACCCCUGGGCCCGGCACCCCGGUCCCUACAGCCGGAAGUGUCCCAUCGCCGUCGGGCUCGGUGCCAGGAGCCGCUGCCCCUUUCAGACCACUGUUUAACGACUUUGGACCGCCCUCCAUGGGCUAUGUGCAGGCAAUGAAACCACCUGGCGCCCAGGGCUCCCAGAGCACUUACACCGACCUGCUGUCGGUCAUAGAGGAGAUGGGCAAAGAGAUCCGGCCCACCUAUGCUGGCAGCAAGAGCGCCAUGGAGCGCCUGAAGAGAGGCAUCAUCCAUGCCCGGGCCCUAGUCAGAGAGUGCCUGGCAGAGACAGAGCGGAACGCCCGCACGUAACAGGACUCGACUCCGCCUCAGCAUCUGGACCUUUCCUGGCCACUGCAGAGCACCUGCUUCUCCCUGGCCUUCACCCCGAGUUGCACUUCCCAUCCUGGGCUUCCUGUCCUGUGUCCUUUGGUGGGUGCCCUCCAGGAACCAGUGGGCGGCUCUCACUCCAGUCGGCAGCACUAACUGGAAACCCCCAAAAGAGUUAGCAGCGAGGUCACUGUGAGUCCCAUCCAUGACCUGCCAACAGUGUUGAUCCAACUGGAGCUUUCUCCUUUCUGUGGCCCCCACCACUCAGCACUUACCCAGGACUUCUCACCACUUUUCCCAGACCUCUUCUCCCCAGCAGGGCCUCAGAAGGCCUGUCGCCUCCCUGCCCUGUCUCCUGGGCCAUGGCGACUCUUUUCUCAGUGUGUCUUUUGCUAAAUAUGCCCUUUUUGUAUAAAUAAAAGAUAAUUUGGAGUUGUU